CCCGCGGUUGUCAUGGCGCCGCUUUCAACUGCUGGCUCUCAGAGGAGUGUGUGUCGCUCAUUGUGGAGUGUGAGUGACCUCCGUGAGUUACAAUAAAGUAAAGGGGGGUGGGGGUCGAGUAUACUGUCAGCAUUGGCUGGGUGCUUGAUACUCUGUGUCCAUCUAUAUAGCUUUUAUAAUAUGUUGGUUUGGUUUAUCAAAACAAAGAUUGAAUUCUCUUUUUUUUUUUUUUUUUGUAUUGCGCCUGAAUAAUGUGAUAGCUACUAAAAUAUAGUUAAUUUCAUUGAAAUCAGUGAUUGUUCACUAUCUUUCCAUUAAUUCUCAAUCCUGCCAUGGAGCUGAUAAAAGCAUUAUGGGAAAUGUAGUCCUCCAACAGCUACAGUGCAGAAUAAACUGACGACAUAGACAUUAUUAUAAAUAAGAUCAUGUGAUAUAAGGGGGAGAGGGGUGGGGGUGUUAGUGUCUCCAUCAUUGUGGACAUCCAAAAAUAAAAUCACAGAAGUGGCCUGUUUCCCACUGGCAUGGAGACAUUUCAACACAGUUCACAUUUUAGGCCAAAAUUGUUGAGCAUGGAAAAAAAAAAAUGAGUUGAGGAAUGUAUCUAAAAUUGUCAAUUUUCUCCUAAAAGUAGCAAUUCCAUUGUCAAGUUACAAUUUAUAUAAUAGUGCUAAUAUGUGAGAUUUAACUUUGAAAGCAAGCUAGCGUUGAUUAUUCCUUAUCUAUUUACACCAGAAUAACUCUUGUAUAACUCUAUUAUUCUGUUUAUUAACAUGAGUAUCAUUAAUCUGUUUUUUUUCCCCUCUUCUCCAAAGAUGUAAAUAUGGCGGUGGAUUUUCAACAUUAUUCAAGAAUGGUACAGGAGGGGUUAACUGAUAUUAGUGGUGUUCACAAUGCAUCACUCAGAGGAAGUUACAGGGCAAAGGAAAGUCAGGUUGGUUUUAAUUGCAUUGAGUAUACAAUGCCAGAAGCGUGUUCUGAAAUGUUAAAUGCACGUAGCAGAUCUCUGCAACAUGAAAGUAUUCCAAGAACGCUUCAGACAGUUUAGAGAAUAAGCUCCUCUGUCUUUCUCAGUACUCAAAUGUAGACUGAAUGCAUGUCAAUCCUACCCAGGUACCAGACAUUCAUCAAAAAGUUUAAAACAUGUUUGGGCAUUAAAACAAAACCUUUAUGAUGACAAAAUGUUACCAACUCUAGUUUAUACAUUUAUACACCUGAAGUUUUGAUUUGAUUCUUUUUCUGACCCUGAGCACUUCCAUAUGUAUGUAUUCUGCACUUGAUCAUGUAUCCUUCCUGUCACUGAUUCUUUUCACUCUUUUGCUUUUUGUAUUAUGUAGAUUUGUGUGUUUGUGUUUUGUUUUGCCUCUAUUUUAGAUUAAUUUCAGACUGUCUAGUAUUAUACAAAUUGCAUAACACUUUAAACAUUUGUUCACUUUCCCUUUAUUCAAUUCUAAAACAAAUGUUUUUGUCUUUCUUUCUAGCUUCAAUUUAAUCGAAAUGUUCUCACUCAUCCUGCUAAUCUGGCUGCUCACUUUUCAGCCCCAAGUCCAAUUGUAAUUGAGAAACUUUGUACACCUCAGCAAAAUUUGGGACAGGAUAUAAAUCAAGGUAAUGCUUUAAGGAAUUCCAUCUCUACAGUUUCAUUUUCCGUAGUAUCAGAGGACCGUCUAAACCUCGCUCUACAGCUUGCUAAGCGUGAUGUGAAGCGAAAACAUGUGCAGGAAAACCAAGAGGGCAGACUAAAAUUACAAAUGCAUGAGGGUUCAUCCCAAGUCAAAUCAGAUGUACCUUCAAAACACCUUCACAAAGUCAAAGCAAAAACACAUAUCCAUAAGGAAAGCAAGAAUACUGUUAAUGCAUCAAAAUCUGAAGUGACUAAAUCAGGUGCUCGGGUCUAUGUGUAUACACCAGAUCGGUAUAGGAUGCAUCCAAUUACAUCUGACUCCCCACCUACUCAUGACUCAGGACCUGGAAAUAAGACCAGCCUUAAAACCGUAACAGAGCCAAGUGAGUUGGAAGUAAAGAGGUUGCAGAAGGAGCUGCGAAAGUAUAUGCAAAAGAUUGAAGAACUGGCAAGUAAAGGUAAAUGGAGAACACGCAUAUAAUUCCUGUUUGUUUAUUUUACAUAUUGUACCUUUGAUGUUGUAUAGUGUCUUGUGUCUUUUUACAAUACCGCAUAGAGCUAACAUUUAUCAGAGCCUUCAUUUUAAAUGAAUAAUUCACUAAACCAGCAAUUAUAGUGAAUUUGCAAGGAAAUUGCUGAGUAUUGGGCAAAAUAGCCAAGCCAUAGAAAAAUAACUGAAUAAGAGAAUUUUUCCAAUUUGUCUCUUUUAACUUUAACUUAAAGGAGCACUACAGGGUUAGGAACACAAACAUGUAUGCUGACCCUAUAGUGUUAAAACCACACUCUAUACCCCUGGUCCCCUCAUGCCUCCCUAAAUAUAGUAAAAAUUUACUUGUAGUCAAGUCUGGAGCUGCUUGCUUUGACCGUGUUUCUUUUUUACCUGCCUGCUGACAUGCUCAGAGGUGGUGGCCUGGUCCAAUCACAAUGCUUCCCCAUAGGAUAGGCUGAGACUGACUCGGGGCAGAGCCAGCACAAUGCAAACCCAGCCCUGGCCAAUCAGCAUCUCCUCAUAGAGAUGCAUUGAAUCAAUCCAUCUCUAUGAGGAAGGUUCAGUGUCUGCAUGCAGAGGGAGGAGAUACUGAAUGUUGUGAUGCAUUUUAAGCAGUAAGGACCUCUAACAGCCAUCUGUUAGUGGCCAGUGAAGUUAUCUCUGAAAAGACAGUGUUUACAGCAAAAAGCUUGACGGUAAUGAUUCUACUCACCAGAACAAAUUCAAUAAGCUGUAGUUGUUCUGGCGACUAUAGUGCCCCUUUAAUUUGUAAGUCUAUUGUAAAUUUUACACAAUUUACAGGAUAGUGUCUCUGAAAAGUCAGUGUUUACUGCACAAAGCCUGCAGGGACUGACUAUACUCACCAGAACAACUACAUUAAGCUGUAGUUGUUCUGGUGACUAUAGUGUCCAUUUAAACUUCCCCCAUUGGAUUGAAAAACAAUUAUAAUUGCUCUGUCACCCACCAUUUCAACCCCUGAGGAAUUUAUCUCAGAAAUCUGACACUCAAAACUGUAUUCUUAAAGGGACACACCAGGCACCCAGACCACUUCUGCCCAUUGGAGUGGUCUGGGAGCCAACUCCCACUACCCUUAACCCUGCAAGUGUAAUUAUUGCAGUUUUUUAUGAACUGCAAUAAUUACCUUGCAGGGUUAACUCCACCUCUAGUGGCUGUCUACUAGACAGCCACUAGAGGGCACUUCCUGCAUCAUAGCACAGAAAACCUGUGCUAGAGCGUCGCUGGACAUCCUCACGCUGUGUGAGGACCUCCAGCGUCGCUCAAUCCCCAUAGGAAAGCAUUGAAAAGCAUGCGCAUUAGGUCUCCCCAGCCGGUGGGCGGGAUCAGUCUCGCCCACCAGCUGACGUGAUACAGAGGAAGAGUGGCGGAGGAAGAAGCAGCGAUGUGGGACAUGUCACUGCCUCUGGUAAGUUACUGAAGGGGUUUUCACCCCUUCAGCAAACGAGGAUUGGGGGUGGGAGGGUGGUGGGAGGGUUAAAAGUUUAUUAAGGCUCAUCCUACGCUCUUGAUUUCAACCUCUUGUGUAGCCAUGGCAGAAGCACCUCCUGAUAAGAUAUGCAAAGAUGUAUCACUAAUUACAUUCAGCAAACAUUACAGAUUGUACAGGCCUUUGAGGAUGCUUCUCAUGGGUGAAAAGGUCUUCAGACCAUGGUAAAAUAUUAAAGGUCUGUCCCAGUGUUCUAUUCUGCCUUUUUACAUAUCACGUGUUGGUACCGCUACCUCACAUCUGGAAAAAUAAAAUUUUUACUCAUUGUAAAACCGUUUCCCAAAGUGUAAGCAGCAGUACUAUUUUUCUCCCUGCCUCAUUUUGUGUGUAUUCUUUUAGAACCCCAUGAGCUUUGGUUCGGUUUUCCUUUAUAGGCAAUGAAAGGGGCGAUGUCUAAUGUAUUUGUGUUUUUAUUUUAGGCUACCUGUCCAGCACAUAAAACAGGGCAGAUACAUUUUUGUUUAUAUUCUGUGAUUUCAUUGCAUAACUUCUGAAAUUGCAUUGCAUAAUUAACAUCCACUUAUUUGUUUGUCUGGAUACAUACCAUAGUCUUCGCAGAGUACAUACAAGUGCUGUGCAGUGUGAUUAUUCUUUUAAUAGUUAAAAAAAUAUCGUUCUAUAUGUGUAAUUGCCCUAGUGUUAAUCACUUAACUCCAAAUUAUAGCAAUCUGAAUGGUAACAUUGAGGUUAAAAUAGCUGUUCUGUAAUUCUCCAACUCUGUUAUAGUAGCUUUUUUAGCCUGAAUUUAUUUAUUUAGGAUUUUAAUUUGCUACAAUCGAAUUUUGUUUUAGUGACUGUUUGAUUAAUGACUUGUAGCUUUUGACAAUUUGGUUAACAUAUCUAGUAGCGCAAGACAGGUUUCUAACAUUUGCAUCUGACUCGCAUGUCUGGGAAAAAAAAAAAAAUUGUCGAACCCUGAGAUUAUUUGUAAUCUUCUAGAAUUGCCAUGGAAAUGCAAUGUUUAAUAAUAUGCUUCAGAUUUAGCUGCUAGGGACUCUAUUUUAGAGGAACUCUUUGAUGCCUUGGUCACUUUGUCUUUUGUAGAGCGCUCUAGUGAGCGUUUAGAUCCAGAUGAACAGGCCAGAGGCCGGAUGCGGCAGCAAGAAAGAGCAACACGUUCAGCUAGAAUGCUUUAUGUUCUACAGCAACAGGUAAAGUCAUUUUUUCUUGCAGUUGUCUUUUGAGGAAACUUAUUUUUUGUCUCUUGACUAUUUUCUUACUAUAUACACUAUAGCCUUUAUUGCAAAUGUAUGGAUGUACAGUCUAAUUUGAUGCUUUUAUCGUGUAGCUCUAAUUUACAGAAUGAUUUCCACAUGGGAAUACUUUUUGUGUAUUAACCUAUAUUCUUAUAUCAGAUUUACUUUAUAAAUCUGCUUUUUUAUGAUAUUCACAACUGUUAAAGGAACUGUAUACAAAGUUGUAUUCCUAACACUAAGGGAACCCUCUGGCCCCCGCUCCCCGGUCAUGCCUCCCAACUACAGCAAAAGGAUUAACUAACGCUUAUUUUGCUUACCUGAUGCCAGCACUUAUGUCUCUUGAUGCUGGAUCGGGCCCAGCCUCCGUCAUCCGACGUAGGAAACCUAAUGCAUGUACGUGGAAAUCGCUACAUGCGCAUUAGGCUUUUCCCAUAGGAAAGCAUUGAAUUAAUGCUUUCCUAUUAGGUUUCGCAACACGCUGGAUGUGUUCAUGCAAAUCCUGGGGACGUCCAACAUUGCUUCACUAUGUCAAAUUCUGUGAAACUGCAGGAAACACCUCUAGUGGCUGUCUUGUAGUCUAAACUGUAAUGUCUUACAUUGCAGGGUUAAGAGAACAGGGACACUGCAACCAGAUCACUUAAAUGAGAUGAAGUGGUCUGGGUGCCUAUUGUGUCCCUUUAAACAUAACAGAUUAAAUGUUAAAAUGUUUUACACUUUCAAAUGACUCUUGUUUAAAAUGUUUUAUUUAUAUAAUAUUUUUUUUUCCUUUUGUAAAUGUGGAGCUUAUUUUCCCCUAUGAAAUUUGCACUGUUCCAUUUUCUGCACUAUUCUAAAAUCAGUGUUUUAAAAUUAUACUACCACUAAGCUCUAUAUACAUUCAAGGAUAUUACUAAACACAUAUAUGAAAACAUGAAGUUCUACCAUACCAUAGGCUAUGUUUGAACAUGUAUUGAUGUAACUCAUUGACCUACUUCUAAUAUUUAAUAUAAUUUUGACUGAUGGAGGAAACUAAACAGAUCUGUCUUAUGCUGAACUACCUUCUAUUACUACACAGGUGAAAGAAAUCCAGGAGGAUUUGGAAGAGCUUAGCCCACAGAAAAUUAAACACACAAAGAAAGUGAGUGUGGAUGGUUUAAUUGUCAAAAAAAAAUCAAGCUAAUAACUCUUUUUCGAAGCCUUAAAGGCUUGUUUCAGCUUUACAUUGUAUUAUAAACUAUUCUUCUGUUAAAUGUUUGGGUUAUAAAUAAUAUUGCAUUUGCGUAAUUAUAACUCUAUGUGGCUAAUCAGCUGCUUCUAAAUCCCUUACAAUCACAAUAUAUGCAGAGCUGUAUGAGAAUGCCUGCCUUUUCAACUCUUGCUUUCUAACUGUUGCCAAGAUGGUGAUUCUUUUUUUCCGUAUUAUAUAAGUGUCUGCAAAAUUAUUAAACAUGCGCAAUACUGUAUUUCAUGUCAUGUCCAGGGUUUCCUGCUAAGUAUGAGCUGGAGAUCAGUGAAUGGCUAAUAGAUCUCCCUCACAUUCUGGCAGAUUGAAUCUCUGUGAAAACUGAAAAGAGAUAGACGUAUACAGUUCUCUUUUACAUACGUAAGGCCAAAGAUAAAAAGUAGUAAAACUGCCUUCGAGUUCCCCUCUUUAGUCCACAAAUGUCUUGUCAGUCUCGCACAAUGUCUAGAUUGGCAGCUGUCCAUCGAGGAGCUAUUCGGGCCUUGCAGUUAUUUGUCACUCAGCUGAGCGAGCGAGGAGAGCAGCAGAUACCUACUCUCUAUAAAGAACUAGGACACCUCAUUCGCCAGCUCUCACUCUGUACUGCAAAAGUUGGAACUGGAAGUGAUCCCACUGCUUCAGAAACCAUUCUGUCCAUUCUCCAGCAAGCCGAGGUAACAUAGCCAUUACUGUUCUCAGUUGAACACUGCUGUUUGAUUGUGUGUAUAUAUGUAUAAUGUGCAGAUAAGAAGUUGUGUCCAGUUUAGUUCAAAUCAUAAAGCUAAAUAUAUGUCCUGGAAAAAUUAGAAAGUGUCCAAUAGAAUGGCGCUACGAAGGCGCCACCAAAACCCCCAAAAAGGGAAUAAAUCACUGAAUUCUCCAAAUAUACAACAAUACCACAAAGACACACUAGGUGGCACACUCAGCAUGCAAACAAAAAGUGCAAAUGCAGAAUACACAAAGAAAUUAAUACUCUAUUCGGUUAUUUUCUUGGUAAAUGGCUGUAAAAGAAUGAACUUGACAGAGCAGUAUAGUCCAAGAACAUAUAAAUAUAUUUUAUAUAUAUAUAUAUAUAUAUAUAUAUAUAUAUAUAUAUAUAUAUAUAUAUAUAAUCACAAGAGGGGUGUGUGUGUGUGUGUGUGUGUGUAUAUAUAUAUAUAUAUAUAUUUUAAAUGAAGGCUUGCAUAAAAGUUUUCUUUCUUUAUUCCAUAUCUUGUUAAAACAUAAUCUCAAUUAGAAUCAACGUUUCAGCCAUCAUCCGUGGUUUUCAUCAGGAUCAGUUCAGCAAAAAAAAAAAAAAAAAGAAACUGAUCCUGAUGAAAACCUGCUGAAUUGAUCCUGAUGAAAACCACGGACGAUGGCUGAAAAUGUUGAUUCUAAUUGAGAUUAUGUUUAAACAAGAUAUGGAAUAAAGAAAGAAAACUUUUAUACAAGAAAAAGACCGUGAGUGCAAGCCUUCAUUUACUAUUUUUCUAUGAUAUUUGGCUUUGGCUGGAAUGCACCUGGCAUUUGAACAAUUUGAAAGAGUGUGUGCAGGGAUAAAAAGGAACAUUUUAUAUAUAUAUAUAUAUAUAUAUAUAUAUAUAUAUAUAUAUAUAUAUAUAUAUAUAUAUAUAUAAUGAUUAUAUGUUCACAUCCCACGCACAUGUUUUUAGAGCCUGUAAACAAACUGGCUCAGGUAAAAGCGUUUAUUGAAAUGGUGAUGGUAGUUCAGCAUUCACUCCAGCAAAAAUCCUCUCUCCCAUCAUAUUUGAAUGGAAAGGCACCAAAUUAGAUAUAAACAUAUCAUUUAUUGAACAGAAAAAAUAGUAAACUCUUACAUGAAAGUUCAGUCUUCAGCUACAGAUGCUUUAAAAACACAACGCGUUUUAACCUCUCAGUAGGUCUUCAUUAGGUGUAAUGAAGUGUGUCCGAUCACCUAGAUGAAUAUAUACCCCUCUAAAUUAACCCGGAAACGGGUACAAGUGAGACAAGAGCCCUCCCCUCCUUCCUAUAUCGGAUGUACCUUUGUACAUAACCUAUUAGAUAAAAUAAAUUUAUAUCCAUUAAGUUAAAAUGAGAUGUAUAAUCAAAUCCUAUUACUCAGCAUAUAAAAACAUUUGCGAUAAUGAGCCCAGACUCCCCAGAGAGACAAAAAACCAUGAGAAACCACAUCAAAUUCGUACAACAUAAAGACCUAUAUUUUUAUAAAUAUAUAUUAAAAAUUACAUAUUAACAUUUUUCAUAUUAAAAAGGCAUAUUAUGGACACAAAAAGUGGUACAGGUAUAGGUAAUAUGUAACUACAAACCUCAAAAUCUAUAUUUAAACCACAGGGAGUCAAAGUGUCCAUUUCAAAAAUCCAUUGCAUCUCACUUUUAUUUAGUUUUUCAGCAUGGUUGUCCCCCCUCCAAUCUUUUUCCACUUUUUGUAUCCCAAUAAAGUACACGUAUUUAGGGUCUCCGUCGUGGAUUUGAGAAAAAUGAGCAGACACAGAUGAUUGAGCAUCUUAUUUUUAAUAUUACGGAUGAGCGCAUAAAUUCUAAUCUUUAAAGAUCUAGUGGUCCUACCAAUAUAUUGGAAGCUACAAUCACAUGUUAAUAAAUAUAUCACAUUUUUGGUGUCACAUAUAACAUAUAACCUCUACCUGAACAGAGGUAGGGAAAACAUUGUGAUUUAUUCACUAAAUAAGCAAAUUUUGUCAGAAAGGGGAUUGCAAAUGUUAUGUUUAAAUAGCUGUGCUUGAAAACUAGAUGCUGUGGGUAUUUUCACAAUCUGCUAAUUUGUCCUAUUCCCUUGUCAUUUCUUUCUGAUGAACUCACGCCUAUUUUCAGAAAAUAAAGUAACUUCUUUCUCGUGCUCAUCAGAGAACCCUUUCCCAUUUAAAUUUUAUAUUUUCUUUAAUGUGAACAUAUGCUCAGCAGUGUGCUUCAUCUUUGGUAUUGAGUUAAUUUCUCUGCAAGCAUUUAUAGAACCAACAUUUUUAUAGUUCAGUAUGUUGCACAACUUUCAUGCUGUACGUAACCUCAUUAUACACUUUGCAGCUACUGCUUGAGCUUGUGCACAGCUGCAGAGUGUGCUGUUAACAGGCGCACACACACAGUCCUGUGCACAUGGGAAUUUCUCAAUAAACAACCAUUAAGUAUAUAAUUACCCAUUAUUUAUGUACAAUAACAUGCUUACUUAUAUUCCACUAAUGCAUAAAUUUCCAUUUUAUUAUGGAAAUGUAUCUGUAAUUUAAGAUAUGGAGUACUGAAGUGAUUACUACUUCUAUAAAUGGUCACAUUUUUCUAUGUUGAAAAUGUCUUGUGUUUAUCAGUAUUUCCUAUUAGUACAAAUACCUUCUUCCAUUGUUCCACAUGUUAAGGGGACACUGUAGUCGUCACAACAACUACAGCUUAAUGUAUUUCUUCUGGUGAGCUUAAUCAGUCCCUGCAAGCUUUUUGCAGUAAACACAAUCUCUUUUCAGAAAAAAGGCAGUGUUUAUAUUACAGCCUAGGGACACCUCUAGUGGCCAGUUCUCAGAUAGCUACUAAAGGGUGCUUCCUGGGUCAAUGCUGCACAGUGUGGAGUACUGCCAGUCAGUGUCUCCACCCUCUGCAUGGAGUCACUAAACUUUUCUCAUAGAAAUGCAUUGAUUCAAUGCAUCUGUAUGAGGAAAUGCUGAUUGACCAGGGCUGCAUUUGGCCCCGCCUCCAACUUGCUUCCUUGUCUGAAAUCAUCAGACUUGAUAAUGUUUGGCUGUGAUAAUCUCUUCUGAAGAUGUCAGCCAAGGAGGCAGAUCAGGGAGAGAGCCAGCACCAGCAGAAUUGCAGUUUAAUCCUGAAGUUGGUCCUCUGGCAUACUUUCUUCCUCUCUGUGCCACAAUAUGAGGAAGUUUAUUUAGGCAGCGGGAGAUAUGUUGAGAUUAUCUACUGAUGCUGUAUGCCUGUCACUGGCCAGCUGUCUAAAUGUUCCUUGUUCUUUGGCACAGAGAGGGGGCAUCUGUGUUGUGCACUGGAGGAACGACUUCAGGUUCAAACUGUUAAAAUCCUUAAGCUAAGACCACGCUCAAACAUUUCAGUGAGAUGAAAUUGUGAUAGGGUUGGUAGUAUCUCUUUAAUAUUUUUAUAUUACAGAUCAAGAUAAGUAGACAUAAGAACAUACAAAGGGUAUUCCCUAAAUUGAGAAUUGCUGUGAGUUUAAAUUGAGUUUCAAAUUUUAAGUCAGAAUAGCUUCCAGUUUGGUUACUUUAGCCCCAAAUUUGAAAUUGACUUUAGAUUCUCAUUUUCAUGAAUAGCCCUGAUUAUCUGUAAAAUACAAUGAAGCAAUAUCCUUAAAAUAUUAGAUGUGCCAAUAACAUAAUGCAUUCACAGAUUAAAAGACACUAUUUGUUUCUCCCCAUAUCCGCUAUUCCUUUAUAUAAGUAUUAUACAUGUGUAGUGAGUUGGCUGGAUUCUUAGAAACAACAAUGUAAAAAAGCAGUAUUGUAUAUUUGAAUGUAAAGCAAACACAAAUAUUUAUUGUAAUUACUCCAUUUACAUGGCUAACCUUGGCAUUUCAAUCUUCGUGUUUCGCAUUGGUCUAGGGUGCAAAAUGUAAUCCAUCAAUAGUUUAUGCUACUGAUGUUUCACUAUUAUUAGGAUAGGGACACUCUCAUUGGUUAAUGUGUUAUAUGUGGUUAACCCUUUGGGGUAAAUUAUAUUAUUUAAAUUUUUGUUGAAUAUUUACAGUAUCUCUCUCUUUUGCUGCUGAGGAAUAAAGAAAGAGAAUAAGCAUAAUAGGAGCCUCCGUGUCCUUUAAUGAAAUCUGUUAAACAUUAAAUUAAACUUUGGAAUCCACAUUGCUGAAUUUUUCUGUCCUUCGCGUCCACCUUGGCUCCUCUAUCAGUCAUUAUAUAUGUUUCCCUUUUCUGCAAUUAAACAUAGUAAAGGAGAAGCGACAAACAAUAUUUCUGUUUCUCAUUUUCAUGGUGUCCCCUGGUUGUACAAGUUAAUUUUCUUUUGAUUUUUUUUUUUUUACAUUUUAUUCAAUAGUGUAAUUGGCAGAGAAGUGGUAAUUCUCCUUUGACUGGACAUGGUGACGUGCACAUGUUAAAUGUUAAUCUGGGAGUGCAUUAGCAGUUUGUUUUCAGUGAGUAUUUACUAAUAUAAUGGUUGAUAUAACUUCUUCAGGAUUUAGAUCUCCUCCUGGAGCGCAAAAUCUCCUCCCACAUAAGAAGACAAUCGCCACGUUUUUCUACAAGUAGAUCUCCAUCUACUGGAAAGGGAUCAAACUGUGACACUCCUGCUGGAUCUCCCACCAGGAAUAAAAAAUGUCCACCUCCAGUCUUAAAGCAACGUGACGCUAGCCAAGAGAAAUGGAAGGAUGUGAAGAAACGCCUUGUUGUUGGUAAGUAUGUUUUACCUGCUACUAACUUUAUAUUAGUAAGUGUGAAAACACAUUAGCUUCUAUUGUCUUUCCAUCUCCUUUUUUGAGUGUAGAUAGUUAAUGUUGGGCGUAGAUUCAGCAAUUGUAGAUUCCGUGAUUGGGGUCUUCCAAUAAAUAACACAGAUUGCUUUGACAAUUGUAGCUAUGAAUCUUUUAUCAAUUAUCAAAUAGUUUGUUAUAUUGGAACGUAUAUACCCUCAUAUAAAUAAAAAAAACAGUCAGCUGGCUGAAUACAUUGCCAGCAGUAAAACCUAAAUUGUUAAUACUCUCCUAAUCAAUAGAGCGCCAGUACACGCUCCAUUCUUUUUCUUAACAUUACUGUCCCCUUAAAAGUUGCACUCCUUUCAUGCUGUACGUAACAUCAUUGUACACUUUGCAGCUACUGCUUGAGCUUGUGCACACAACACUCCACACAACAAAGCAAAUAAAUACAUUGAAAAUAACCAGGUGUAUGUGCACAAUAUACAGUAUAACACAAUAUAUAAAAAGUGAAACAAUUAUAAUAUUACCCACUCUGCAUCAAAUUCCUACAAUAAAGCACACUAUAAAAGCUUAGAGCGUAGUAUGCCAGAGUUAACAGGGUAUACAUAGCAUAUAUAGAUUCACUCACAUACUGCUGAGUCACUUGGAAGUGGACUCAGACUUUUAUAGAGGCGGAAUAGGAAUCUUUAUGAUGUAUUCAAAGGACCUACCUCCCAGCUUCUAUUGUUUCAUGGAAUAUCCACGUAUUUAUAUUCGUGUAUAUAUAAAAUUGCAGAAUCUCAAGUAGAGCUGCUGUGGAUAUUUCAUGGCACAAUAGAAGCUGGGGAGGUCCUUUCAAUACACCUUAAAGAUUUCUAUUCCUGCUCUAUAAGUCUGAGUCCACUUCCAAGUAACUCAGGAGUAUGUGAGUGAAUCUAUAUAUACCCUGUUAACUCUGUCAUACUAUCCUCUAAGUUUUUAUAUGGUGCUUUAUUGUAGGAAUUUGAUGCAGAGUGGGUGGUAAUAUAAUUAUUUAACUUUUCAUAUAUUGUUUUAUACUGUACAUUGUGCAUAUACACUUUCACUGGUUAUUUUUAAUGUAUUCGCUCUCAGACUCUUUUCACAACAAAUUGGAUUGUUCUGUUAUGUAUUACUGGAUUGGAAAGCAUGCUCCACACUAGAUUGAUACAAAUUGAGUUAAUGAGGCAGCAGAUGAAAUACAGGUUAUUUUCUUGGAAAUCUUUUCUAGAGAACACAAAUGAAUCUUUGACUACAGCAACCCAGACUGACCCCGUAAACAUGGAGAACCCUUCCAGCCCCGAAAGACGUGAGGCCCUGCAAUCUGCGAUGAAAGCUUUAGUACAAGCUGGUGGUCUAAAAGGGAUUUCCAAAACAGAGGUAGCACAACACAGGCGCAAAGGAGUGUUGCUUCCUCAUAGACCCCAGGUAGGUACUGCAGCACACAACUAUAUUUGUACUUUCAGGAACAAUUUUGUUGAAAUUGUGUUGCUUUGUACAGACAUGAUAUGAUAAUAAGUUGGCAUCCAUUGUUUCAUAUUCUUCUUUUUUAUUUUAGAAAAAAAAAAUCAAUUAUCACAUUAGAAAAUAACCGAAAAUAGCAGAAAAAUUAAAAUACAAUUUCUCAUUAGGGAUUCCGUCAUCCACGGACUGACCUAUCACAACAAGCACAUUUUCAGAAGAAAACUGUGGCGUUCGCAUUGAAAGAGAAUCGGCCACCUGUAAGGGAGAAGAAAAUCCCAUGGGUACCCACUAAUCCAACAUCUCCAUCAGCUUCCCCAAAAAGGUGAUUUCCCUAUUACGUCCAAGCUGCAGUGAUCGCAGAUGGGAUGUUGUCCGUUCUCCCUCCCUCAUAGGACAUUUGGACAGGUAGAACUGAGAAGUUUGAAAACAAAAUGCUGCCUCACACCCAUACACUUUCCCAUCUAGCACUAUAAACAGCAACACCGACCUCAACUCCUCAGUGAUUGCCUGUUCUUAUGACAUAGAGGUUAGGUAGUAUUAUCUUCUUGUUUUUAUUUUAUGUGAACUAUCAGUUGAUAGUCUGAUGUUGCAAGCAACAGUUUUUUUUUUUUUGUUUUUUUUUUACUUUGUGGUGUUGGUGGCUCCUAAUGCGAAAUAGUCUUGCUAUAAGCCCUCCAGCUGGUUGCUGAUUUAGGAAUUGCAGGUAAUACUGUUAAAAAUGAGCAACGUCUCCUGGACAUUGUUUUAAAAUGGAACAGCCACUAUGGAUAUCAAUAGAAUGUGCCUGCUGAUUACUUUUAGUACCUUCAGUAUUGCUAUUUACAUGCCGUUCUUAAAGGGAUUCAUUCUGACAAGAAAGCCUCUUGUAGUUAUAGUUUUAUUUAAUGCCAUUUCCUUUUACACAGGAUUAAUUUGGAUAGAGAAAAGAAAAAAAACAAUUCUUUGCCAAAGAAGCCGGAGCAUGAUGAGAUAUCGGAGCACAAAGAACCAGAGACGACAUCCACUGUACCUACAGAAGCUGUGAGGUGUGUUCUGCUGCUUGACUUAAACACUAGAGCUGUAUAUCUGUCUGCAGUAAAUAUUACUUUAAGUACAAAUUAGUAUAUAUACAAUCCAUUAACAUUCAUGUAUUCUUCUUUGUUGUCACAGUUUUUUACAGCAGUCUGGUUCUGUUUUAUUUUAAUCCCUAGCAGGGAUUCAAAUGGAAAAAGUUUUAUGUAAAUUGUCUUUUACAGGAAAUGCAGUAUUUUAGCAAAUUUAAGAUAAUGGUGAACAAUAAAUGACUCCUAUUAUCUGAUCAUUUUAAAGACAUGUUAGAUUAGUGUUAACUCGUAUAUUUUCCCUAACUUGUUCCUACUGAUUAUCUCAUGCGUUAUGAGAUACCUUUCAGUAAUCAGGACUUCCCUGCUCUCUCAGGUUGGCAUGGUUAGAUGCUGAAAGCGCAAGGAGAACGCAGGAGUUGAGCGAUCUGUACCAGGAAGAAAUUUCCCACAUUCGGAAUCUCAGGUGUGCUUUACAAUUAAAAUAUUAAGAAUAUAAACCUAAGGUGGUUAGCUCCUGAAUUUGGUAGGUCCCAUAAAGCUUCUCAUUCCCAGUACAGAGCUGCCCACUUUCAAGCUAUAUGUGGACUAAAAGUGGCAUAUUGUUUAUAUAUAAUCAUCUGAUGGAUAUGCUGUUCACCACUUGCCCUUCAUUUAUAGCCCCACUACGCUGUAAUGUGGUAAAACUCUGGAGGAAAUAAAAUUGGACAAGAUUUUUCCCAGUUUGCAUAGAAUUACUAUCUGCAAUAAUAUGAGUGAAAGCUGCUAUAUAAUAAUAUAUACUUUGGUUUUUUUUGUACCCUAAAAGCAUCACUAUAUAAUUCAGCAGUGUCACCUUUGCUAGGUGAUGUUGCAAAAGUGACAGCCUGCUUGGUGGAAAUGCCUGCAAAUAGCCUCUAUUUAAAAUUGGUUUCAAGUAUUAAACUAUUCAAAUUGCACUUUGAACAUGGCCACAGCCUUUGGAUGGGUGGUAAUGUGUCACUUCCACUGAGCUUCAUAUACAAAUAAAAUAUAGCACUUGCUUGCCAUGGAGCAUAUACCUACUUCAAGUGACCAUACAUACCACAUUCUAUGAUUUAUGGUUUCCAUGGAUGAUGCAUAGACUGCUCCAGAUUGUGCAAUACAGAUUUUAACCCUGUGAGAGUUUCUAUUGUAGCCAGAUACAGGGCCAGAUUAAGAGCCCAGUGGGCCUGGUGCUGACAAUUACGACGGGCCUAAUUACAGAAUCAUAUCGACCAAAAACAGUAAAAAACUCCCAAGCGUUAUGUAUCUGAUGGAGAUGGUGCUGGAGAGCAAGAAAACAGCAGCUAUAAGAAAAUCUCGGCUAAAAUCUAGGCUAAUCUCUCACUAAUUUAUGUUUUCAUCUUUCAAGUAAAUCCAUAACCCCUAACAGCAGUGUCCAGUCAAGCAGGAAGUCAACGGGCAUGGUAAAAGGGUGUGCCACUGACAGCCUGGUUUGACUGCAUGUCAGGCUUCCUGCCAAUCAUGCAGCUGGCCACCUAAGGGCAUACAGACUGCACAAUCAUGCAGACAGCACCCUGAGCUUGGCAUCUAAUGAUGCGCUCGCUCAUCGCUUUCUAAGGACUGCCCCCUAGCACUCGCUGGUCCACUUGUCUCCUUACCUUCUUACUAGCAGGCAGAAGCUCCUGGUAUAUAGUCUGGGACAGAGAAAAGCUGUAUGUAGUGAGUGUAGAAGAAAGGGAACAUGCCACAGUGUUAGAGAGACCAAAGUCAGCAUUACCUUAAAGGAUCACUAUAGGGUCAGGAACACAAACAUGAAUUCAUGACCCUAUAGUGUUAACACCACCAUCUAGCCCCCCUGGGCCCUAAUGCCUCCAUAAAUAUAGCAAAAUCUUACUGUAUUCAAGCCUGAAGCUGUAACUCUGCAUGCUGUUAGACUCAGAAAAACAAGCAGUCUGCUGACAUCAUUAGAAGUGGUGGCCUAAUCCAAUCACAGUGCUUCCCCAUAGGAUUGGCUGAGACUGACAAAGAGGCAGAUCAGGGGCAGAGCCAGCAUGAUUCAAACACAGCCCUGGCCAAUCAGCAUCUCCUCAUAGAGAUGAAUUGAAUCAAUGAAUCUCUAUGAGGAAAGUUCAGUGUCUGCAUGCAAAUUGAGGAGACACUGAAUGUUUGGAUGCAUUUUAGGCAGCCAUGACCCAGGAAGGAUCUCUAACAGACAUCUAACUAGUGGCCAGUGAAGUUAUCACUAGGCUGUAAUGUAAAGACUGCAUUUUCUCUGAAAAGACAGUGUUUACAGCAAAAAGCCUGACGGUAAUGAUUCUACUCACCAGAACAAAUUCAAUAAGCUGUAGUUUUUCUGGCGACUCUAGUGUCCCUUUAACUAUAUCCAUUGUCAGCCAGUCCACACAAGUUUUGUUCCCAUACAUCCCUCUUAAGUUUCCAUACUUAAGUAAGAGUAUGUGUAAAGUAGUUAGGGUUGCCACCUUUCUUAGAAAAACACACCGGCCUUGCUAAUUUGCAUAAUUAAAUAUGUAUGGGUGACAUCACAUGAUGUAAAUCACAAGGAGUGACAUAAGAGAAAAUGCUGUAAAAUUACCAAAAAACUACUUAGUUUGAUUCUGCUGUAUAGAUGGAUUCCUCCCAGUGCCCCCAUGUAUCCCAGCAUCGAUUACCCCAGGUCUCAGUGUUCCUAUGUAUCAGUGUCUCAGUGCCUCAUGUCUCCCAGUGUCCCCUAGUGUUGUGUCCCCUGGUCUCCCAGUGAUCCUAUGUAUCACAGUGUCUCAAUGCCCCAUGUCUCCCUGUGUCCCCAUGUAUCCUAGGGUCCCCAUGUCUCUAGGAAGAUGGGAAGACCUCGGGACACGGGGAGACCUAGGGACACUGAGACACCAGUGACAAUGGGAGACUACGGGACUCUGGCUGGGACGCAUGGGGACACUGGGAAAAUAGGGGACGCUUGAAGACAUGGGGACACAGACACCAGGGACACAGACACUAGAGACACUGGCUGGGGGACAUGGGGACAUUGAGACAUGGGGAUAAGGAGACAAGGAGACACCAGGGCCACAGACACUAGGGACACUAGCUUGGGGACAUUGAGACACUGGGAGACAUGGAGGCACUAGGAGACAUGGGGACAGUGAGACACUGGCAGACUGGGGGCACUGGGAGACUAGGGGGCACUGAGACACCAGGGACACUGGCUGGGAGACAUGGGGACACUGUGUCCCCAUGUGUCUGUGUCAUAAUGUCCCUUAGUGUCUGUGUCCCCAUGUCGCUUUGCAGCCUUUCCCCCCAUCCCUUACUUCCCUGAGCUGUAGGCUGUCUCUGCAGGGUGGGAGUUGCUGUCUGGACUCUCUGUAGCUGCACCCCUGCAGAUCAGUGAGUAUAGAUAGGCAGGGAAGGAUAUGCUGGAACGUCCUAUCCCUGCCUGUCUCCACACACAGUGACCCCUACUGGCCAGUGCUGGUAUUGCAUAGUAAUCUCUUGUUUAUACUGAGAAAAAUACCAGCAUUUGUAUUGCCAGUAUCACUGUAAUAUUGGCACCAUCCAGGCAGUCUCAAAUACUGGCUGUGCCAAAAAAAUAAAAGCCAGGUGGAAUCCCUAAGAGCAGUGUGUUGGGGAAUUUUUUUUUUUUUUCAUAUAAAUCAAUGGGCCUAUCCCAUGGGCCAGGGCCUGGAGCUGCAGCUCCAUCAGCCCCUAUGUUAAUCUGGCCCGAUAAGAAUAACUGAUUCAAGUGUGAGGAUUGUUGUAUAGGAAACAAGUGUCUCUUUUUUUUUUUCCACUUCAUGUUCAUUUCUACAACAUACAAGAUCCAGUGCACGCACGCACUCACUCACUCAAUAAACUGCAAUUUCAAAGUAUGUGUUCAUACAUUGUAGUAGUAGUGGUGGUGUGGAGACCGGCUCAGGCACUGAAGGUAGUGGUGUUGUGGUGACAGGCAGAAGGCAGAAUAUUUGUUAGUCCUAACCUCAACAUCUGAGGAAAGGGAUUUAGGGGUGAUUAUUUCUGAUGACUUAAAGGUAGGCAGAUAAUGUAAUAGAGCCACAGGAAAUGCUAGCAGAAUGCUUGGUUGUAUAGGGAGAGGUAUUAGCAGUAGAAAGAGGUAAGUGCUCAUGCCAUUGUAAAGAACACUGGUGAGACCUCACUUGGAGUAUUGUACGCAGAACUGGAGACCGUAUCUUCAGAAGGAUAUUGAUACUUUAGAAAGAGUUCAGAGAAGGGAUACUAAACUGGUUCAUGGAUUGCAGGAUAAAACUUACCAGGAAAGGCUAAAGCAUCUUAACAUGUAUAGCUUGGAGGAAAGACGAGACGGGGGGAUAUGAUAGAAACAUUUAAAUAUAUAAAGGGAAUCAACACAGUAAAAGAGGAGACCAUAUUUAAAAGAAGAAAAACUACCGCAACAAGAGGACAUAGGCUUAAAUUAGAGGGGCAAAGGUUUAAAAAUAAUAUCAGGAAGUAUUACUUUACUGAGAGGGUAGUGGAUACAUGGAAUAGCCUUCCAGCUGAAGUGAUAGAGGUUAACACAGUAAAGGAGUUUAAGCAAGCGUGGGAUAGGAAUAAGGCUAUCCUAACUAUAAGAUAAGGCCAGGGACUAAUGAAAGUAUUUAGAAAAUUGGGCAGACUAGAUGGACCGAAUGGUUCUUAUCUGCCGUCACAUUCUAUGUUUCUAUAAGCCUGCCACAACGUCAAUGUACACCAUUCUUGGCAGGUCCUACUCUAGCAACCUAAUGCCUGCUCUUAUGAAAUUAAUCCACUUGCUUGGGAAAUGCUCCCUCCUGGGACUCUGCUGUGCAAUGUUAAAUAUGCCCAUGGAAUUAGGCUGCACUCACCUGAACAUGCAUACAUUAUAAGGGUGGCAGGACUAUGUAAUGUAUGGCCAUACACUGUAACUAUAUAUGCUUUCAAGCAUCAAGUUUGUAAUUUUUAACAUGGAAUAUUAAAAGUUAUGUGUUUAAAACGGUGAGUGCUGACUACCCUUCCUAUCUGUUGCAUACACCUUUUUCCAAAAUCCUUUUAAUCUACUUGUACCACCCUGAUGUUCCCUUUUCUCUGUGAUGUCCUUUACUGAUGUGUUUUCAACGGAAGUUGCUCUGCAUUCUAUUUACGAAGCCUAGAAUUUAGUUCUGAGCUGGUUAAAUAAUAAUCAAGCUUCCCCACGUAAUUCAGUGCAGACUCCAUUCAACUCUUGGUAAUGCCAUUGGAACAGAGAUGCAAAGUGGCAACAUGUAUAAUUAAAUUUACCAUUGUGCAAGAUUUCAAUGGCCUCUGUAAAUUGUGUUACACAUUUCAGCAUAUUUUUAGGGUUUGAGGAACUCUAAAAAUAAAAGCUUGAUUUUAAGUCUUAGUAUAUCUCAGAGGAACCUGUAUAUUAGUUGUAAAAUCUCAUUCAUUAAGCCAAUCAUUUUCAUUACAAUUUUAUAAAUUGUAAAACAUGCUCUUUUUCUGUUUUCUUAGGGAGGAAGUUCUCCAAACAAGCAGAUUGUCAGGCAGUGGCAUGCAAAGUCAACAGGUAAUGCUGCUAUAAUUAAAAAAAAAAUGCAGUUCUAUUAUAUAAACUGUAGUACACUAAAUAAUCUUGAGUGUUUCAAAUUAAUCGGUUACUCCAACCAAAAAAUAGUGUUUUAUGGAAACACUGUUUUUGGUCAGUGUAAACUUUCCUAUAUUGGUGGUUCCCCCCACCCCCAAAAAAACCCAAAAAUAAUAAAAUUAAGAAAAUCCCUAAACUUACCCUUAUUCCAGUGACGAGGCCAAGUUCUCACUGAAUCUCAGAUCCUCUGCUGACAUGACUCCAACUUGCCGGAUAGGGACAGAUGUUAGGGAGUGCGGGUUGAGGGGAGGACAUUAAUAGUAUGCCAUUGGAUGUCUGGUGCUAGUGUGCUGCUGGCUUCUGACACCAAAUUUGCACAGAAUUGACAUUACCCCACUCUGUAUGUAAAUGGCACAUACGAUUCAUAGUGAAACACUGCACAUAGACACUCCAGGCAUCAUGACCACUUAAAAUCAUUUGAGUAGUAAUGGUGUUUGGGUAACCCUUUAAGCCAACAUGUUACAAAGCAUAAUUUCUGUGUCCCUCUUGUGCUCUUUGAUCUUAAUUUCCAGCUUUUAUUUCAAGGCCCCAAACUUGCCAUACAAGUUAUAGGGCAUUUAAAAUCCUUGGGGUUUAUUUAAAGUACUUGGUGACUGAUAAAAACCAAAAACAAAAAAAACAAAACAUAGGGAUGUAACUUUUAGCCUACUAGCACCUGUACUAAUACCCCCCUGGCACAUUAACCUACUGCAAUAAGCUGUAGUGUUUAUGGUGCUCUGAAUUUCACUUUAGGAUCUGGGAAGUAAUAUGUUAUUACAACCAUUCAUUACAUUUGUUCUAAUAUUUGGUCUAUAUUUUUGAUUGCACAAUGGUUAAUAACCAUUUUCGUUAAAUGGUUUUCUUUUUUGUAUAGACCUUUAACCACGGGGACCUGCCUGGCAGAGGAAUAGAUCAUAUUUUGCAAGAAUCAGACCAAUUGAGCAGAGGGCAGAAUUCAGCAAUCUUACUUCAUAACAGUGAUUUGGAGACCAUGAUUCAAAGGAUGGAGGAGAUAGAGGUGAGUAUUCAGUGUAUAUACUCUUAGGUUUUUAGUAUAGUAGUGGCAAAAUAAAACACAUGUUUUGUACUUUAGAUGUACCAUUAUAAUAUUGGUACAAGGACCAUAAAGCACUUCAGCUUUUUUUUUUUAAUACAAAGGUACAGAUUUUAAUAGAAUAUGGCACUUUUGUAAAUUGACCUGAUUACACCCCCUGGAGAUCAAUCAGACAACCGGUCCUGUUACUUGCUGGUAAGUUAUUUCAGUGGAGCUAGCCUGAAGAGCAAAGCAUUUGCUCAGAGCACCUACCUUGCAUAGACUUCUCGUUGAGCUGUAUUGAGAAGUCUGCGAUUAGACAGCCAGAGAAAGUCUAGGCGGUGUUAGAAGAGGAGGGCUUACAAAAGCUUCAGAUUUUACAAGAUAUUGUUAGAAAUAAAAAAAUGCACAAUUAAAUGCAAGCAAGUUUUCAUGGGGGAUUUAUAUAUGAAACAACAAUUUCUAUUUAUUUAUUGUAUUUGGACAUUGGAAUGUUCCCUUAUAGUGAACUACCUAGUGAAGUGAACCUUUGUAAUCACAGCAGCCAGUGGAAGCGUUUUUGUUGUGCAUUAAUCCAUUCUAAUACUGUGUGAGCACAGAGCUAAGCAAGUGUGUAAAAACAAAACAAAAACAUUGUUAAAAGGAAAGGGAGACUUGUGAUGUUUCUUCUUCCUGAACCUGUCUCUUCUGGUAGACAGUCCCAUUAGCUCCUGGUUCAGCUCUUAAUACAAAACUCUUUAUGUGGAUUAUAACAUAAUUACCCCAGUUUAAAGGGACAGAGUGAGUUACUAAAAUCCUUAAAAUAGGAAAAGUCACUGCCCAGGAUUUCUAAUUGUAUAUUUGUCCACAUAUAUUUUUUAAAUAUGUAAUUGUUGAGUGUCAGAAAUAAAAUUAAAUAUAGAAUUCCACUCUAUUUUAUCCUGCAACUAGGUACCUCUGGCAGUCAACAAAGAGAAAGCAUACGUAAUAGAUGAGAAUUGAAACAGUUUCAAUUUCUUUUGUUUAUUAGCAAUGUUUACCCUGACUGUGACUUGGCUGGACUAGUUUAUGAUAGUAUUUGCUAAAUUCUUAUUUUAAAAGAAAACCGAAGGUUUAAGUAAAAUUGAUGAGCAUAAGUUAUUAGUGAUCUCUCAAUGUUUUAUUAUAUGGUGUAAUUUCCAGAGAAAUUAGUUUCCCUUUAACCUCUAUAUGACAAAUCACUUGCUGGAAUUGACCUGAUGCAAAAUGCUUUGCCUAAUCCUAGUCAUAAUAAGUAUUAAUGCUGGAGCAGCUUGGCAUUGUUUUCAGAGAAUCAUGUAGGGUGCAGACAAUGUCUCUAUCUUGUGUAUAGUUAGAGAUUUCUCUAAUUGAUAAAAUAUUGUAUAUUCUUAUUACUUAUGAGUCCAUGCAUCAUAUUUACUAUACCAUGUGUUUAUUUGUUUUACUCAACAGAGAUCUCAGGAAAUUGUUCGACAAAGAUGCAGUAGGAUUGUGUAUGCGGAUCCUGAAUUUUGGGCUCAGGAAGAAAAAGGUUGAAAAGUUUUAUUUAUGAGAAAAAUACCAUAAUGAAACUUCUACCUGCAAUCCAAAUUCAGUUUAAUAAUGGUAAUGUUGUUCCAUAUAGACAAAGAAAGUGCGGGCAGACAGCAAAUCCCUCGCUCUCCUCAUCCAAUCAGGAUCACCAAAGACGAAGACCAUAGGGAACCAGUUGUAGACAUAGUGCUAGAGGAGCCUUUUGAAGGAGAGUACGUAUCACAUAUUAUUGAAUAUCAUGGAACAGUCCUACAGAAAACCCCCCCAGAUGUUUUGUAUAUAUUGUGUAUAUUAUUUCUGUUUUGAGAUUUGCCUCUAUGUUCCAGAAACAAUAGCUUAAAAUAGCUGUGUUUCUGCAACAGUUCCAGAAUGCCGUGCUGAAUCCAUGUAUUUCCAACCCACGCUUCUGUAAUCUUUCUUUGCAAUGACCUGUACUUUUAUAACAAAGCUUUGCUUUCCACAGUCAUGGCUAGCUUUAAAUAAUUUAUGUUAUACAUGUGCUAGAUUGUUGGUAUUUGUAACAUUUUGUUUGACACUAAAUUUAAUGUUAAAGUUUUUAAGUAUGGUAUGGCCACUCUUUAGAUCUGUUGAGCUUUAACCCUAUGCAUGAAUCGCUGUUCGUUUCUGAUUUACACUUGGCAUUCACUUUAAAAAACACUGUAGAUAGUUUGCGUGUUAGAAUGUUAUUAGCCGCAUUUACUAUUCUUCAAUGCAGCUUUGUUUCUUUUUCAUCUUUUGUAUUUUUACAAAUUUAAGUGUUAACUAUUUAAUGUACUUUCUGAGUUCAUUAAAUAUAUUGAACAUGAUAGUUCUCCAACAGCUGUAGAUCUACAAGUAUCAUGAUACUUAGCAGUUAUCCUAAAAAGAAAUGUAUCUGGCUGCCUGGUUUAACGUUCUACAGCUGUAGAACUGCAUUUUGGUUGUUAUUGAUUGAUAGAAUAUUUGGUUAUCAUGUAUUCUAAACCUGCCGUCCAGUUUACUAAGUUUAGAAAUCCUUCAUUAUUAUGAUUAUUUUACCCAAUGCUUACAGGUACUGAGUGUAAUGCCAAUAGGUGUUUCCACAAACCUAAUGAUAAUGUCCUUGGCUUUAGGUACAAGUCACAGAUAUCCAAUAUUAAAUAUCAUAGAUAACAAACUAUUCUGCACAAGAACAUCCCAUUUGCUUAUGAAAUAUUAUAUUAUAACUACCGUUUUAACAUUACGACGUUCUGCUAAUGUCUUUAAGUUCACUGCAAAUGGCCAGGGAAGAAUUGGCCAGAAGUUCUCCACAACCUUUGCCACAGAAACUGACAGGUCGGCAUCAAGACCUCAUACCUAUCUCUGUUCCAAAACAAAUGCUUCAAAGCAUUCAAAAUUAUACUGAAACUUUUGAGCGACACCUCCGACUGACAUCCAAUGAGGUGUUGAACAACUUCAACCCAUGGCACAUCUCAGAAAGGUAAAUCUUCUUUAUAGGUCCUUAUUUGGGAAGGUCUAUAUUUUGAGUGAAGUAUAAAAUGUUUUAUUGUUUUAAAAGUGGUGUUUGGUAAACUUAUGUGUUCUAUUUGACAUUUUAAAAUCACCUACUUCAAAUCUACAAGUGUGUUCUAGCCAGUUUCACUACUUGAAUCUACUUUGUGAGAGUUGACAAAUGAAAAUUCUGUUUCCCACUUUCUGUUCUGAAAGUAUGCAUUCUCUAAGUGUGAUGGUGUCUAUAUCAUUGCAUUCGGUACCGUAUUACAUCAUGUGCGUUUUUUUAGAAUCAAAAUGUUUUAAGAAUUCUAACCUGUGUCCAAUCAGAAUUGCAAACCGUUGUAGCUUUAAAGGGACAAAGUCAACAAUAAUAUAAAGAAGUUUUUACAUUUUGCAUAUUUACCUGAUGAUGGGCAAGUUUCAAUUAGCCUCUAGGAUGAUUUCCACCUUUCUACCUCUAUGGCAGGUUUUUAUAACCUUUUUUGCUAUGGACCGUUUUUUGCUGUUGAGCUACAAUCUAAUCUUUUAGAACAGUCCUCUAUGUAUGGAAUGACUAAACAUGAUGGAAGUUUAUGGUCUACCACUCUAUUGCUUAAUUUUGUUGAAUAACCCUUGAAAUUAGCUUAAAAUAAUGCAAAUAAUUAACAAUUUCUCUUGCUUUCCAGCAUAGCAGAAGAGCUUUUUGAAGAAGCAUUGGGCGAGGUGGCUUCAGAAUUGCAAGAUAUGUGUGAGGGUUAUUCUGAGGCUAUAUACACUUCGGAGUUCCUGGAGCCUGUUGCCCCACAUUAAACAUAUAUGGACUUACUUUUCAGAACCAUUUCCCUAGCAUUUUUUUUUUUUUGUCAUUUCUGUCGUCUGUGUGUGUGUGUGUGUGUGUCCUUGUGUUUUGUUACUAUACAUUUUAAUUCUGUGCUUAAUAUAAUAAAUUUGUACAUGCCAGCUGACUAUUACAGUAUGACAAUGAUGGUUUUAUUAUAACGUUAAGCCAUUUGCCUGGCAAAAGACCUUGGCAACCAUUGUCCAAAACAGGUGAGAUACUAAAGUGUCAUUGUCAUGUACAUGCCAUUUAUACCUCUGAUAUAGUUGAUAUUGCAAACAAGUUGAGUUGGCAAUGGUUCUUCUAGAUCGUGUAUGUUUAAUCGUGAUGUUUAAAUUGUUGGAUUACAGUUAACAGACAAGGGCAGGAACAGGGUGACCCUAACUCUCACUCUGUUAUUUGAUGGUGCCAUGAUGUAUUUGACAGAAAUACAAGUCUGAAGUCUGCUUCUCUUUUUUCUAAUUCUACAAAUCAUUGAUUUUCCAUUUUUGUUUGUCCUUGUCCGGUAAUUUGCGCUAUAAUGCAUUCUACCAUUACCGCAAGGUUCAGCAUCCAAAAAGGUAAUAUACUGGGUCCAUCUGGGAUAGUGGAAUAAGUCUAUUACUUUUGAUCAUUUCAUGGGUUUUUGGACACAGAGUUAAUCUGGUGAGCCAACAUUAUUUCUCUGCUUGUAGAGCCUCACAUUUUGCUCCUAUUUUUCAAUAUUUG